AUGUCACCAACUAACGAAGAAACAGCUAGUGGUCCCAAGUUACCUAUAUCAAAGAAUAGCAGGAAAGUAUUUUUCAGCUUUUCCAAUGGUGCGACAUCUUUCCAACAAGGAUGCUUGGGGGCACAGCAAGCUACGAUAUCUGGGGUGUUGAACAUUAGAUACACUGACGAGAAGCCGAUAUUUGCUAAAAAGAUUGAAAUAUCUUUUGUUGGCAAAGAGUAUGCCUUCUUCAGAGGAACGGUGUUAGAGGAUAAAAAAACCAAUGAUGAAGAAGAAAUUUCGGAUGAUGAGAUUUCGGAUGACGAAAUUGCCGAAAAUGACACCUUUUCCGCUCACUCUGCCAAACGAAAAAUUUUCGAAGCGUCUGUCUGCAUAUGGAAGUCACAGAGCAAGGGUUCAUAUGAGGGCGUGAAAUUUUUGGACUUGCCUUUCAAAUUUCAACUUCCCGAUAACCUUCCUCCUUCGAUAUGCAUGGAUAGAGGUUGGGGGAGGAUUUACUAUAUGUUAAAAGCAGUCAUUUCUCGUCAACCAAUCAACCCCGACAGUAAUAAGCGUAGUAAGAUGAUCAAAAUGAUAGUCCCGGUUGUUCGUUAUACCGUCACCCCAUCACCGACCCCUUCUCGCUGGCUCGCCAAAGAAGAGGGACCGGUCGUAGCUCGUUCGGUGUGCUAUGAUGUGUCUUUGGACCGUGAAACUUUUGGUCCCGGAGGCACUGUAACUGUUCCAGUAAAGUUAUACUUUCGCGAAUCACAAGUUUACCUCAAAAGCAUAUUUGUUGGAAUCAAGGAAUACCAUGAAUUACGAACAAACAAAUAUGAAACGACAAUGAAAGGAUACAUAGCAGAAAAUACUGUUAAAGCUGAUGCCAUCCCAAUAACCGAUGGACCAAAUAAUGAAAUAUCGAUGAACAUUACAUUCGAUAUGCCUCGUGCAAAGGAUUUGGUCUACGACGUGGAGACAACAUACCUGUCAGUGACUCAUAAAUUCAAGGCAAAAAUUAAACUUGGCGGGGCGCCCGAUAUACAUUUAUCAAAGGUAAUAAAAGUUGAAAACACGAUGUCUCGUGAAGAGAUGUUUACGUCGCCUCUGUCCGAAGUCAAGGUCCUCGAGAUUGUCAAACCACAUAAACCAAUCGCCAUAUCUCAACCACUGGACAAAUUAGCAAAACUCGAUAAAAAGAGCAAACGAAUGUCACCUUUUCUUCCAUUCUUUGGUAAGAUUCAUGUUCUUGAUCCCGUUACACAAAAACGGAUUUCUAUUCAACUCCUUCAGAUCGUCGACUCCAAGAAUCCUAAUUUAGUUUACAAUUCGAGAUCACUUGCGGUUCCUCGUUGA